AUGAACAUGUUUAAGAGUGACCAACCUCAAAUUCUUGGAUACGAAUCAAGCCAACACUACCAAGCACACACCAACAAUACACUAGCCACUGUGUUGAGCCACUUCCACGCUCAUGUUCCAUCACCGGGGCAGUCUACAUCGACCCUGGUCCAGACCAUCGACGCACCACUCCCUCGAGUGUGGUCCAUGGUCCGAUGUUUCUCCAAUCCGCAGGCCUACAAGAUGUGGAUAAGGAGAUGCACCAUGCAUGCCGGCGAUGGCGGCAUAGGAAGCGUGCGCCAGAUCGAGCUCAUGUCUGGCCUCCCGGCCACCACCAGCACGGACAGGCUCGAUUUUCUCGACGAUGACAUGCAUGUCAUGACUUUUAGGAUCAUUGGUGGUGAUCAUAGGCUUGUGAACUACCGGUCUACCACAUCCGUGCACCAAGAGGAAGGUGGUAAGACGGUGGUGGUGGAGUCCUACACGGUGGACGUUCCCGCGGGAAAUACAAAAGAAGAAACGUGCUGCUUUGUUAAUACUUAUAUUGGGUUUAACCUUAGGUCUUUGACUAGAUGCACGGCUGGGAAUUAG